CAAGCGAUUGUGACGCUAGAUAUCAGUCUCGCCGUAUCACAUCUCACCAUGGCUCUUAAGGUUUACGUCAUCGCUGCCCUUGUGGCUGUUGCCGUUGCUGACACUAUCCCCUACACCCCUCCACGUCCUUCCUACAUCGCUCCCGCCCCUGCUGGUCCUGCCCAAUACGAAUUUGACUGGACAGUGAACGACGCUAACUACGGCCACAAUGAAGCUCGUAGUGGUUACGACACUCAAGGAUCCUAUUACGUUCAGCUCCCCGACGGUCGUCUGCAGAGAGUUACUUAUACUGUGAACGGCGACUCCGGCUUCUUGGCUCAAGUUGAGUACGAGGGUGAGGCGCAGUACCCAGCCUACCAGCCUGCUCCCAGCUACCGGCCAACCCCUGGGUACGCGUAACCAAAUCAUGGAUUCAUUAGUGACUCGGCUUUCUCAUUCCACAGCUGUGAAUAUGCUUGAAUUAUUGCAUUAAUAAAAUAUCUUUAAAAACUCC